UUUGGUCCAUCUCGCCCCGAUACACCAACUCAGCUCUGCUCGCGAAUGGCCCUGAUAGCUGGCGACCUCUAAAUGGCGAUUGUUUUGCUUCGUGUUUCGCUUUUCCGUCUAUAGAGUACAUGGGAAUCGGUCAAUCAAAUUAAGGGUGAAAGAAGUGUUUUUUUUUUUUCGGAGUGAUCUUUGGGGUUCCUUUUGUUCCCGAAAUCGUUUGCCACACAACCGGGAAUCUAGUGCGUUAAAUCAACGUCGCGGGUGCCUAUAGUUUUGAUAUUAUUGCGUUUGCGGACAGGUUGCGAACUAGUGGAUAGUCAUUGUACAUGAUACGGAAAUUUCGCGAAACUUGUUGGUGUGUCCCAUUAUGAGGAAUUCGGGCCACGGUGGAUGGAAGGUGACAUAAGCUGCAUAUUGGGUGAUAUUUUUUGUUGUUGUUGAGCUGCCUUCUCUUUAAUAUAGCUGCAAGCUGCAGUAGACGGCUACGUAGAAAAUCGUGACGUUCAUUGUGUGUUGUGUGAUAGUUGUCGGUGCAAUUGUUUGUACAUACGGGGCUAAGCAAUUGAUAAAGUUCUACAUCGAGUGUACAUUCUGAAAGCUGAUCAAUCGAAGGUACUGAACUCGACACAGGUACUGAUCGAACGAUUCUGCUGUGUUAUCCGUGGAGUAAUAAUCGUGGCGUAAAGCAUGUGUAAAAUUUGUGCAAAAAGUCGAAUUUGUUUUGAUUGUGUAAACUCUCAACUUCUGGGCGCUAUCCUUGAUGAAUAAUCUAUCGUUUGAUUCGUUCAUCCUACUAUUCGUAGUAAGUGCUUAAUAAACCAGAAAUCCAAAUAUCUGAUAGGCUAUAAAAAAUAAAAAUAAAAGCCAAGGACACUCUACCUACAUUCUCAUAUUAUUGGUUCAAGUGUUUAAGCUAAUCAGUGUCGAUUUAUCGAUAGUGGAGAUGUGUGUUGUGAAGGUGUUUGUGUCGCUCAGCCCGAGGCUCAAUGGAUGUGUGAUAUGGGGCCGUCUCCAAUGGUUCUAAUCACGUAAACAAUACCGCGUUGAUCAAUCGGAACAAGAACAAAAUCGUCUCGUCAGAAAAUCCAUCUAGCCAGCCAUAAAUAAAUACACGGCGCAGUUCGAUGUGGUCCCGCACAUUUAGUGUGUGUGCACACACAUGAGACAUCGUCGUCGUCUCGCAUACAAUCGGCACCGGCACAUCUGGUGGACGUCGUCGUCGGCAGAACGAGCAGUUUGUUCGGGCACGCUUAACUCGCCCAGAAAAUCAUGGCGCAAAGGCGUACAAAAUUGUUGUAGAACAAACAGAACAAUUUUCACAGCAGCAGCUUCACAACUCCUACAUGCAGGAUUUUCUAUCGUUUGUCGUCUUUCGUCGUCAUCGUAAAUCGUAAAUAGGCCACGUCGUCGGAUUCAAAUCCUCCGCAAAGCCGCAACAUACCCCCUACAAGCACUCGGGAAGAAUACAUAAUCAAAUUGAAAGUCGAAGCGGAAGUGGGAGUGUGAAGACGACGAGCAUCUACGGAUGUCAUCGCCAUAGUGGGUUCUCGCCAUGACGGACCCGAUCAAAACAUCACCCCCCGUCGAGCUGCCGAGAGCCGGCCAAGUUGUUAGAGCCUCGGCGGCAGGAUCAGCCACAGCAUCAGCAUCAACAGCAAAUCAAUUCUCUCCGGUGGUGUUCCGGCAACAGCAUCCUCAGCUGAGGCCUCCGAGGACCAUUUCCACCGGCAGCUACGAGGAUUCCGAAAGCGAUGACAACUUUCAACCAGUAGCAUCGAUACAUGACACAUCAGCCAUGGCAACGGUCUCACUUCCGGCUGCGGUAACCGGAACAGGAGACGAUAGUGGCCACGGGAAUCCUCUAAAUACCGAGAGCGGAAACGGUGCCUUCAAGUGA